AUGUGGACAUACAUGACAUGCGUCCCAGGAGCCCCUGGGGCAACUGGUCGUGAUGGAGCCAAAGGAGACCUGGGCAGCCCGGGGAAAACUGGGACCCAGGGACCACGUGGGGCUGAUGGAAAAAAAGGAGCAAAGGGGGAGCCUGGGAACCCGGGUUUCUCCGGACAAAAAGGAGAGCGAGGAGACAAAGGCGACAGUGGAACGCCACGACUGGCUUCACACAUGAACUGGAAGGAGUGUGCUUGGAAAAAGGGAGACGACAAAGAUUCAGGACUGAUAUAUGUAAGUGAGAAAUAUGCCUGUGUACUGAUAAGAACAACAAUACUGUUGAUAAAUUUCUCAAAACGAAGAAUUCAUCAAUAUAAUUAACUUUCGUGGUGCCAUAGAUGACAUUUUUAAAAUAUUUUCUUUCUUUCUUUCUUGCAUUUUUUUGUUCAGAACUGUGAUUUUGUCAAGAAAUACCCUGACACCUCCCUCCAUGUCUACUAUGCUGGUAAUAUCGGGAUUUACAACUGUGCCUUAUGCUGUAGUCGCUGGUAUUUCAGCUUUAAUGGGGCCGAGUGCAGCUCUCCAGGAACUAUUGACGGUGCUUUCUUCAUGCGAACAAGAGGAAACCACAAUUGUCACCGUCACCGACAUAUUGAAGGUCACUACAAUAACAUUCAAAAAGGAAAGGUGCGAGUGGGAUUCUGGGUUGGAAAGUGCGUAACAGGCCAUAAGCUCGCUGAUGCCUACAUUGGUUGGCAUUCAAUGAAUCGUAUCUUCAUUGAGGAAGUACCGAAAGCUCAGCAGUAA